AUUUUUAUAAGUAUAUUAUUUGUAACAUUUUAAAAUAAGUUUUCAUAAUAUUUCAUUCAUUUCUAUCUACGUUAUAGUAUGUAAAUGAUUUUUGAUAAGCGUGUGGCCAUGACAACAAUAACAAAGAAUGACUGGGUGGUUUUCUUUAUUUAAAUACUACAAAAAUUUACUACACAUUUCUAACGUAGCUAUAUAAAUUUAUACUUUUUUAAUAAAAUUAUAAUUAUCUAUCAUAAUGAAGAUCACUGUAACUACACAUGACGAUCAUUUGUUUGUACUUGAUAUAAGCGAGGAUCUGGAACUUAUCAAUUUCAAGGCACUAUGUGAAGUUGAAACAGGAAUUCCAUCACAACAAACUGGUCUUACACAUAAUGGGCAGCUUUUGGUUGACGAUUUCAGUACAAUGAAAAAUUUAGGUGUUCAUGAUGGAGAUGUCAUUAUAAUUCAAAAGUUUAGUGGUAGCACAACUGCUAUGGAUCAGUCUUUUAGUAGCUCAAGCAAUAAUAGUCUACCACAAUUUGAUUUUAGCCGUAUUCAAGUGCCUGGUACAUCUAACAGUAACUCUAGCAGUACGAGACAAAAUCAAAUGCAAGAUGCAGAAUAUGUUAAAAAAUUAUUUCUCUCCAGUCCAGAACAACUGGCGCUUCUUAAACAAAAUAAUCCUAGACUUGCUGAUACACUGUCCUCAGAUAGAAUAGAGGAUUUUGCAAAAGUCAUGGCUGAGCAGAUGGAAGAAAGAGAUAAACGUGAAGACCAAAGAAUUAGAAUAAUGAAAGCUCAUCCAUUUGAUUCUGAAGCUCAGAAGUUAAUAGCAGAGGAAAUCCGUCAAAAAAAUAUUGAAGCCAACAUGGAAGCUGCUAUGGAAUACAAUCCAGAAAUGUUUGGAACAGUUGUGAUGCUUUACAUAAAUUGUAAAGUAGAUGGGUAUCCUGUUAAAGCAUUUAUUGAUUCAGGAGCUCAAACCACAAUCAUGUCUUCUGCCUGUGCAGAGCGGUGUAACAUUAUGCGUUUAGUAGAUACUAGAUGGGCUGGAUUAGCCAAGGGUGUUGGUGUUCAGAAAAUAAUUGGCAGGAUACACAUGGUUCAAGUGGCAAUUGAAAAUGACUUUUUAACCACUAGUUUUUCUGUCCUUGAAGAUCAACCAAUGGACAUGCUUUUAGGAUUAGACAUGUUGAAGAGACAUCAAUGUUGUAUAGAUUUGGAACAUAAUAUUUUAAAAAUUGGAACAACAGGAACUGAAACACCUUUUUUGCCUGAAAGUGAACUGCCUGAUUGUGCCCGUUUAACUUCAUCAAGUGAUCAAAAUUUAUCUAAAAAAGAAGAAAAAGAACUGAAAAAAGUUUUAGAUGAAAGCAAAAAAGUGCAACAAAAUAGUAGUAAUAGGAGUGGUUCUAGUCAUUCUUAUAAAGAAACUGAUAUUGUAGAACUAAUAAACUUAGGAUUUUCUAGAGAACAGGUAAUUCAAGAAUUGAAGAGAUUCAAUGGAAACAAAAACGAAGCUAUGGCUUCUUUAUUUGCUAAAAUAUUAAAGUUUUGACACUUGUCUAUGGGUUUUAACAAUAUCAGUGUAAAAAUUUCUUCUCUUAAGACUGUUUUUAUUUUUCAGUCAGUUUUAGUUAUAAUUUUUAAACUUUAAUUUUUUUUUUUUUAAUAUAUAAUUUUAUG